GUCCUCUGUGAACUGAUGGUGCACAGCUUCCAGACACUGCUCGACGCGCUCGCGGACAGCGCGUACACCGGCGACACUGCGGACACGCUGCUCGACACCGUCGUCACUGUAGCCGCGGGUGGCAGCGAGAAGGGGUGGUGGGACGACGCUCUAGACGCGUGCAUGGCGCGCGUGGCGCGGCGGGCGGACGCGCGCGCGUGUCGCGCGGUGUACGCGCGCGUGUUCGAGGGCAGGAGCCGCGGCGUAUGCGCGCGCCUCAUGGAGCCGCUGUUGAGGUACUCAACGCCAUCGUUUUGUGAAGAAUUCCUAUCGACGGUUCUGGAACACUUGCUAUCGGUUCUGGGCAAAACUCCGCGGCAGGCCGGCGCGCACCCCAGCCUCGAGAGGUGCUGCCUCGACCACGUGCGCGCGCUGCGGCUCCUGCGCCUGGCCUUCCAACAGGUACCCAAAGAUCACAUAGAGUCGCCCAAGUCAGUUCUGUACAGCAAGAUGAACAUAGACAAGCCUUGGUACUUGGUCAGCGCGGUGGGCAAGCUUUGCGUGACUCUGCGGACAAGUGUGAAGUGUCCCCCCGACGCGGACGCCGGCAUGAAGGAGAGCUACAGGAUGUUCCAGUGUGAGAACUACAAUGCGCUCGCGGCCGCUGUUUGCUGCACGAGCCUCAAGCCGGCCAUGGUGGGCACGGUGUUCAGCCGCGCCGCCUGGGACCUGCUCAUCGGCGACGAGGAGAUCCAGCUGCCUCUGAGGCAGCCCUGGAACCAGCAGAGCACGCGCCACGCCUUAUCGAUUGAGGUGUCGGGCGAGCUGCGUGCGCGCACGCUCGCCACGAGCACGAUGCGCACGCAGGCGUUCGCUGGUACGCUGUCGGAGAAUGUGCUGCAGUAUGAUCUGGCGGAGCCGGAGGAAGAGGUGGAGGUCCAGGAGCUUCACCUAGCGGACAACGCGCUCAACGCCCACGCGUGCGCCGCCACGCUGACCGCGCUGCUCAGCAGGCUGAGCGCGGUGCAGGCGCCGGGCUGGAGGCAGGAGCUGGUCUCCGCGCUUUGCAGUGCCAGGAGGAACGUCAGGUGGCUGCUGGCGCAGGCGGUGUGCAACAGCAAAGAGGACCUGCAACCUCACGCUAGCGCGCUGCGCCCGGCGCUGCUCGACGUCAUUGUGACCACUGCGCACCAAAAGAUACUGAACGGUCUGCACAUGGAUAUUUUGGAUACAUUGAUACAUUGGAACCAAACCAGUACGGAACCCUCCGAGCAAAUCACCAAGACCAUAGACUGCUUGGUUACCACCGCAACGCAGUACCGACUGAAGAAGGACCUGUACUACAUGGUACUGGAGAAGAUGACCAGAAUGUUGACUCUACACACUGUGACCAUCGACUGGGACUGCUUCGAGACUUGCUUAGCUGAUCCCAAUUCUGACACCGCCAAGUGUCACGUGGACAUUCUGACGCGCAUCGCGAAGUGCAAGGUGCUCGUGCCGCAGCUGCUGCCCGCCCUGCGCCACGCGGUCCGGGCUGCGCGCGCCGUGCCUGACCUGAUCGCGCUGCUAGUGCACGCCGUGGCCGCGGCCGUCCACACCGGGGGGGACGGGGAGGGGGAGUGGAUGCAAUUCUACAGGCGGGUGUUGAGUCAGCUGCGCGGCGUGGACACCGGCGGGUACAUCCGCCUGCUGUACGAGGCGCAGAAGAGCUUCCAGAAUAGUUGCGACGACACGCACUUCAGAUGGGUAGUGGACCUGACGCCCAAGGUGACCGGGCGAGCACGGCUGCAGUGUCUGGCCGUGCUCGCGGCGCACGCCGAGCACGCGCAGCACGUGCGCGCCCAGCACGUGGCGAGCAUGUUCGACACGGUGGGGAUAGACGACUUGCUCGACAAGCGGGAAGCGUUGCUCUUGGUCAAAAACGGUCUCCAUUUGAUGGAGCAGCACCAGAGGCGGCGCCUGGUGCUCAGAGUGGCGGGCGCGUGCCGACACUUGCCGGCUAGAGAACGCGCCGUCGCGUACGGUGCGCUGCUCAGGGCAUUCCAACUUCUUCUAACAGAAGAACCGUCUGAGCCGGAACCGAAAAGGCGCGCGCGGGAAUCGAAUUCACUACUCCUGUCGAAGAGAGACGAUUACUCCGACACAGUACUCGCGGGCGUGGCGCAAGGGUUGAUGGAGCGGGACGCAGAUAUAGCCAACAGUAUGAGAGAGGGAGUCGGUAGAUGCCUUAGCGAAGAUUGUGGAGUGAGAUUAUGCGAAAGUUUCCUACUGUGCGUCGCUCCACCGUCGGACUUAGGCCAACCGUCGGAUGUACUCCGACCGUCGGGCGGCGGGCACUUGGCGCGAGUCGUGGAGCUGUUCUUCCGUCGCGUCAGAGACCAGGCGCUCUUCCAGCGAGCCGGCUUGUCGGACGAGUUGAUGCUGGAGCAGGUUGAGCCGACGGCUGCCACCAGGACUGUCGCUGCGUCUAGUGUGCAGCGUGGACCAGGUAAAGUACCGUCGGACUUAGGCCAACCGUCGGAUGUACUCCGACCUUCGGGCGGCGGGCACUUGGCGCGCGUGGUGGAGCUGUUCUUCCGUCGCGUCAGAGACCAGGCGCCCUUCCAGCGAGCCGGCUUGUCGGACGAGUUGAUGCUGGAGCAGGUUGAGCCGACGGCUGCCACCAGGACUGUCGCUGCGUCUAGUGUGCAGCGUGGACCAGUUACAGAUAAGUCCGAGACACGCGCGUCCUCUUCGGUGUCGAUGGAUGACGUGCUCACGUCUGUGCUGGCGCUGCUGGAGAAGGACACCGACGCGGCUACGUCGGUCGUCAUCCAACUGGUGGCGUCGCAUAGAGCGAAGCGUCCCGGGUUCGAUUCCGACGCUACCAUGAGCAGGCUACUACUGCCGUGUCUGCAGUCUGCGACUAUUGCUCCCUGGGUCAUCAGCAUCGCCAGGGAAAUUGACAUAUGGGAUUCAACCGAUUUGGAGCGAAUAACGGCGCAGUUGAUGAAAAUAUCAAGAAACACGGAAGGUGAAGGUAUAUGUAGGCUUUUGUACGAAGAGUACAGGAUUCGACGCCCGACCCCUGCUCUUUUUGUGUUGGGAAUGUUUACCGAUGACGUCGACAUGCCGGAACCGUCGACACAGUUUUCCUUGAAAAAUAUGAUAUCAUGUUUCGGCUCCCUGUCUAACUGGGACGACUUGACCUCACAGCGGAGAGCGUCUCUCAGGGCCUCCCUCCCGCCUCUGUGGACCACUGGUGACCACUUCGACGCGGCGAUUGAGGACGACAUUACAAAUUACCCCACAUGGGUGAAGGCUAUGGUGAGCGCGCGCAGGGACAGCGAGCGAGACACCUUCGCCUGGCUGACGGAGCUGCAGCGGUGGCCGAAGAAACCCUUCGACAUAUCCGCGGUGAGUCCGUCACACGUGGUGAGCGCGCGCAGGGACAGCGAGCGAGACACCUUCGCCUGGCUGACGGAGCUGCAGCGGUGGCCGAAGAAACCCUUCGACAUAUCCGCGGUGAGUCCGUCACACGUGGUGAGCGCGCGCAGGGACAGCGAGCGAGACACCUUCGCCUGGCUGACGGAGCUGCAGCGGUGGCCGAAGAAACCCUUCGACAUAUCCGCGGUGAGUCCGUCACACGUGGUGAGCGCGCGCAGGGACAGCGAGCGAGACACCUUCGCCUGGCUGACGGAGCUGCAGCGGUGGCCGAAGAAACCCUUCGACAUAUCCGCGGUGAGUCCGUCACACGUGGUGAGCGCGCGCAGGGACAGCGAGCGAGACGCCUUCGCCUGGCUGACGGAGCUGCAGCGGUGGCCGAAGAAACUCUUCGACAUAUCCGCGGUGAGUCCGUCACACGUGGUGAGCGCGCGCAGGGACAGCGAGCGAGACGCCUUCGCCUGGCUGACGGAGCUGCAGCGGUGGCCGAAGAAACCCUUCGACAUAUCCGCGGUGAGUCCGUCACACGUGGUGAGCGCGCGCAGGGACAGCGAGCGAGACACCUUCGCCUGGCUGACGGAGCUGCAGCGGUGGCCGAAGAAACCCUUCGACAUAUCCGCGGUGAUGGAGACGAGCACAUGGGAUCGUAUCGGCGUCCUUCCUGCGGGACAGUCGCCAGCGCUGCCACUGCACAUUAGACCCUCCGACUGCCUCGCCGAGUGGGCCUUCAGGAUCAUGAUGAGAUCGAGUUACUUGCAGUCGGUCUCGCUUGGCUCUAACGAAGCGCUGGACAAGCUGUCUCACUCGCACCAGCUGCGGUGGUGCGCGAGUGCGAACGAGAGAGGACUACACGAGCAGGCCUUGUUGUGUUGCAAGAGCGUUACCGGGUUGUACAGGAGCGAGUCUCUGUCGUGGCUUCGGCAGAAGCUGGUGGCUCGGAGAGCGCUGGCGCUAGCCGCUCACGAUGCAGCGGGACUGAGCAAAGCGCUGGAGAGCGCCGAAACAUAUACAAAGCAGUUUAGGGAGGAUUCCAGCUUUGAUGACGUCAUGGGGAUGAACGAACUGAUCCUGCGGCUGAAGAGAGACGUGCAAUCACCGCGGGAAGAUUUCAACAAUACCUUCAAGGAGAUUACUGUCGCCCCCCGUCCACCGCAGUUGUCGCCGCUCGCCAAGCAGCACCUGGAGGCAGCGUACGUCACUGCCAUCACUUUCACCAACAACCUGUGGGACACUUGUCAACAGCACGAAAAAAGCGACCUCCUGCACAGCAUGGCUUCCCAGCUCACCACCUUCGUCCAGCUGCAGCUGGGGCGCGCCGGCGUGCUGCUCGCUGACGUCAUCAUCGCGCGCCUGGCCGAAGACGUCCAGCCGACGCCGAACACGCGCCACCUGCUGGACGCGUUGUUGGAGCUGAUGAAGCAUCAGCUGGACGAAGUGUCUCUGGAGCAGCUGUCCGCCAGCGCGCACAAGUGGAGCGACGCGGGCGCGCACCGGCGGCGCUUGAGUGCGCUCGUGCAGCCCGACUACCAGUUGCAGCAGUAUUGUUUGCGCUCGCGUGCCGCUCUGGACAGACACGACGAAGCGGAAUGGUCGCGCGUGUGGGCGGCCAUGAAGGAAGCCAUCUUUGACAACGAGUUUGCGGGCGCGGACUUCCAAGUGUUGUAUAAAUACAAGGACAAUAUAGACGCUAUGGCUGAUAGCAGCGCUGAAGUGAGGCGCCAACUGCUCACGUCCAUACUGGCUGAUCUGAAAGUGUCAGACAAGAGCACCCUGUACCUGUCGCAUCUGUGUCCUUCGCUAGCGCGAGUGCCGCAGAGAGACGAGGGCCUGGCGAGACUCUUGUGUUUGAAGAAGGGAGUGUAUGUCGUCAGAUUCGAGGAAAAGAUAUCGGUGUUCGUGAGGUCGCUCCGUCGGCCGGCGCUGGUGCGCUGCGUGCUGAGCGACGGCUCCGGCGCGCGCUUCAUAGUGAAGAGCGGCGAGCGCGCGCGCCCGCACUGCGUUGCGUUGCGGCUGUUGCGUGCGGCGCAGGCGAGCGGCGUGCGGCGCCGCACCGGCUACCAUGUGUCGACGCUCGGUGAGGAGUGCGCGCUGGUGCAGUAUCUGGAGGACUGCGUCACUCUGAGGGCGCUGCUGGGGCAGAGGGACUUGGUACCGCCGCAGCGUACGAAGGACAGCGAGCUCAUCUUGAGCCCGCAGCGCGCGGCGGCGCAGUUUGCGGCCGCGUGCGACUCGGUGCCGGCGUACUUGCUGAGGUCAGCGAUCGAGGCGACUUGUGUCAGCGUGCAGGACUUCAUCACGAAGAGGAGGAACUUCCUGGAGUCGCUGUGUGACAUGACGGUGCUCAGUUACUUGUGCGGUAUCGGCGACCGGCACCUGGAGAACAUCCUGUACAACAUCAAAGAUGGCGGAGCUUGCCACGUGGACUGCGGCGCCAUCUUGUCGUUCGGCGCGGGAACGGAGCUGCCGCCCGCCAGACUCACCCGCAACGUGCUGGCGGUCUGCGACUACACAGCGUUGGAAGGCAGACUUCAAUGCAUGUUGACUUGUAUACGCGACUUGCGCGAGUUACUUGUGCCUUCCAUCGCUGUGGCGGGCAAGUGGCUCAGGGACGACCGACUAAUGGAUAAGCUGCGGCACGUGCAGGCGCUGGUGCGCGGCGGCGCGGUGUCGCACCGGCUGACGGCGCUGCUGCUGUCGCAGUCCGACGAGCGGCACCGGCACGAGUACAUCGACCUGCUGCGGCUGGUGUUCGCGGACUUCCCGCUGAAGGACACUUACAGCGUGGAGGAGCAAGUGUCGAGUUUGCUGCGCCAGAGCACGGACCCUCUCAUCCUUGGCGUGACGAGAUCCGGCUGGGAACCUUGGAUAUGAGCUGAACCAUCAUCAGCUCGUUACUGCGUCUGGACAUUAUGGGGCUUUGACCCACCAUACCUUUAUUAUAUAAAUCAUCAUUAUCAACCCAUAUUCGGCUUACUGUUGAGCUCGAGUCUCCUCGCGGAAUGAGAGGGGUUAGGCCAAUAGUCCACCACACUGGCCCAAUGCGGAUUGGCAGACUUCACACACGCAGAGAAUUAAGAAAAUUCUCUGGUAUGCAGGUUUCCUCGCGAUGUUUUUCCUUCACCGUUUGAGACACGUGAUAUUUAAUUUCUUAAAAUGCACACAACUGGAAAAGUUGGAGGUGCAUGCCCCGGACAGGAUUCGAACCCACACCCUCUAGAAUCGGAGGCAGAGGUCAUAUCCAUUGGGCUAUCAAGUCGGAGAAUAAAGAUAUGGCAAAUAUUUUUUAUAAAAACAAAUAAACAAAACAACGAAGGCAUUAAAUACAAUAUACUAAAAGUAACAUAUUCUUAAAACUAUGUAUACUAUAAUUAAUGUAAUAAAAGAAAUUAUCUGAA